CUCCAUUGACCCCACGUUUUCAGCCACCGCGCCGACGCGCCCCACCUCCCAUGUGGCGCCAUGGACGAGCCGCUGACCGUGUUCUUUUCGGUGACCACCAGCGACGAUCCGACGCCCAUGCAUUUUCAAUUGAGUGCGAAAGAUGACCCGCUAAAGGUGGGGCGCAACAAAAAAAGUGGGAUUGUUGUGAAUAAACCUGGAGUUUCCUGGGUUCACUUGGAGAUCAAAUUCUCGCCAGAGACCGGUGGUUUGUUGUUGCGUGAUCUCUCCACCAAUGGCGUUGGGCUGCGAUCUGGUCGCAACGACACCAUGACCAAGGUGGAGAAGGAAGUGGACACAGAGCUCCCUUCGGGUGCAGCAAUCACCUUGCCCUUUCGCAUCCGACCGACGCAGGGGGAGCUGCAAACCACCCUGACCUUCAGCAUCGAUGGUGUCGAUUCGCCCUCCAGCGAGCUGACAGAAUCCGAGGAGGCAGUCGAGGUGGUGCAGGAACGCAAAGGGAAGAGAAAGAAACCUGAAGGGAAGGACAAGGGCAAGGAAAAGAAGAAAAAGGUGAAGCAUGAGUUUACCGCAGGACAGUUCGUCCGAGUUGUAGGUCUGAAAGCGAAAGGCGAGCUGAACGGCAAGGUUGGCUUGCUCAUCGAGUGGGACGAGGGCAAUGGCUAUUGGAAGGUGCGGAUGGAGGAUGGCACCGGCAAGGCCUUCCGACCGGCAAAUCUGGAGCCACACAAGGCGGAGCCGCCCAAAAGCGAGGAUGGCCCUGUGGUGCGCACGAUUCCGCCGCCUCCACCAGAUGAGCCGGCGCCGGCCACAGCAGCACGACAGGAGGUGCCACCCGGUCCACCGGGUCCGCCCGGUCCACCGGCCAAUGGAGUGAAGCCAAAGGAAGCAGCGGUGCCACAGGUGCUCCGGCCGCCCAUCCUCCCAACCAUGCCGGCCACCAUGCCGCCGAUGAUGCCUGUGCCAAUGCCAAUGCCAACGAUGAUGCCGAUGUUAUCGCCCGGCCUGCCGCUGAUGCCACCCAUGAUGGGUUUGCCAUUGCCGCGGCGACCUUGA